GCCGUGUCUCAGCAAGCUGGGGGAGGGCCUGAAUGAUCUCCCCGUGACAGUGGUGCUUGCAGCAGCGGGGCCCAAGGACGAGUUCGUUGCUUCCCACCAAGUGCAGCAGCUGCCGCACGACAGACUGAGACCACCCAGCCCCAAAGACGGAGGGCCUAGGAGCUGGGGGACAAGUCUCUCACGCAGACAGAAGCCGUGAUCCUGGGUCUCUCACAUCCCAGGCACCGGCGAGAUGGAAGAGCACAGCAGCGUCGUCCUCCCCGUCAUUUUUGGCAUCAUUUGCCUCGUGGGCACCGUAGGGAACUGCAUCGUGAUCUACACCAUCACCAGAAAGCCCAAGAGGAACCGCAACACGGCAGAUGUCUUCAUCGUGAGCCUCUCCAUCACCGAUCUCCUCUUCCUGCUGGGAAUGCCCUUCCUCAUCCACCAGCUCCUUGGGAACGGCGUCUGGCUUUUCGGGGCUACCAUGUGCACCAUCAUCACAGCCUUAGAUGCCAACAGCCAGUUUGCUAGUACUUACAUCCUCACGGCCAUGUCCAUCGACCGCUACCUGGCCACGGUGCACCCCAUCCGCUCUGCCUACGUGCGUACCCCCUGCAUGGCUGCGGUGGUGAUCUUGCUGCUCUAUCUCCUGUCUCUGCUAACCAGCGUGCCGGUGUUCAUGUACAGCCAGCCCAUUGCCCUGCCAGGCAGCAAAGCGGGGUGCGGCAUCAUCUUGCCCAACCUCUCGGUGGAUAUCUACUGGUACACGCUGUAUCAGUUCUUCCUGGCGUUCAUCAUUCCUCUCUUGGUCAUCUGUAUCGUGUACCUGAAGAUACAGAAGCACAUUUCAUGCGUGGUGUUACCACUGCCCCAGAGGGACUUCAGGGCCAGGACUAAGAAAAUCACGCGGAUCGCGGUGACCAUCUGCUCCGCAUUUUUUUCAUGCUGGGCACCCUAUUAUAUACUGCAGCUGGUGCAUCUCAGAGUCCCCCAGCCCACCACUGCCUUUCUCUACGCCUACAACGUCGCCAUCAGCCUCGGUUAUGCAAGCAGCUGCAUCAACCCAUUCAUCUACAUCGUGCUGAGUGACACUUUCCAAAGAAACCUGGUCAAGGCCAUUUGCCCCGGGCGCCCGGUCAGGAGAGGCAAGAGACGCUCCGCCGGGAAAGUCAGUCCCUCCGUGAAACUAAAUUCGGGGCCACAUCAGGAGACCUCGCUGAGCUUGAUGUACUCUCACAAUACUGACAACUAUCUCACGGUCUCGGUUCCUUAAAGCGGCCGGGCUUAAACUCAGCAGAACCGCGAUCAAGCUGCAGAGAGCACACUGCAAGAUUGUAGGCCUUUUUGUGGGGGAGAAGUAUGGUGGUGACUGGCUCACGCGGGACACAACUAGGGGU